AAGCCUCCUUACCCCUCAUGCAGCAAUAAACUGCUAAGUCACGUUAGGCAACUUUCAACGAUUGCCUGUCGGAGUUACUCAGAAUGAACGGCAGAAACAAAUUAACAGAGAAUAAUUUAGGAAAGAAAGCUGAUAUUAACUUUGUAAACAGUGUGCUGCGAAGCCAUAAGGCCCAGGUCGAUGAAGAUGCAAAGGGUAUGCUUUUGGAUGUGGUAUACACUCUGGCCAGAGAUAAACUCGCCGAGUUGCGUUGCUUUGCCGAUCUGAAAAAUAAACGCUUGAUAGAUGAAGAGGAUUUACGAAUUUCAAAUGUGGAGAAAAUCAACGAAUUUCAGGACGGACCGAUGUAUCUAGACCAAACGAUUAUUCAGCCCAUCGCCAAGCCUGUGCGUCCGACUAGCCUAUUGCUACCACCGUGGGGCGACUGCGAAUUGGGCGUCGAUGCACACUUGAAGGAGCUGAAAUCGGAGGCAUCCGAGGCGGAUAAGCAACCAGACGAUGACAAUCCGAAAAAAGUGGCACGCAAGCAGGCACUCAGCAAGUCAAAAAACCAACAUUGAAAAGUUAAAAAAAACGUAUAUAUAUAUAUGUAUAUAUAACUUUAUAACGACAAAUAACAAUACUCUCAAUUAGAAAAGAAAUAUGAUAAUUGUUAAUAGUGCUAACAAUUUCCAAGAGA